AUGGGUACACUAAGUACACAACCACCUGCGGGCACUAUCCGAAAUCUCACCGAGGUAUUCCUUCUACUCAGGAACAAUGCCCAACAAAACAAAUUCAUGUACGCAAAUUCUGCGAUGGGAUCUAAAGAUGAGAAAAUGUCGUUAGUAGUAUUGGAUGAAGAAAAUGGAAUGGCAUCAACAAGUUCAUCAGCUAGUCGAAUUCCACCUGAAUGGGUUAAUUAUCUUGAUGAAACGCAAUAUGAAUUCACAAGAAUUCGUUCACGUUUGAAACAAAUUCGUGAUCUGCAGCAAAGUCACAUAGCAAAGCCAAGUUUUGGUGAUGAUGUUGAAGAGCAAGCAAAGAUUGACUCGAAUACCGAAGAAAUAACGCAAAUGUUGUCACAUUGUCAGCGACUCAUUGGGUUCAUCGAAAAGUCAGAAGAAAAAGAAGGAUCACAACAAGCAGUAUUGCAAAAGAACGUUGUAUCAACAUUACGUUUAAUGUUAACAAAUAUGGCGAACGACUUCCGUUGUAACCAGGCAAAUUAUUUACGCAAAAUUGAGUCGAGAAAGCAGACCGUUGAUUCAUAUUUACUGAAUUCUUCUUCUGAUUGGGUUAAUAUCGACGUUCUCAAUGAUGCACCUGUUGAUAAUGGCGAUGAAGGUUUAUCAAUGGAACAAAUUCAGCUGUUGUUACAAAAUGCGGAUAUCGUCAAAGAACGUGAAAAAGAUGUUAUGAGUGUUAGCAGGUCGAUUGUUGAACUGAAUACACUUUUUAAAGAUCUCGCUUCUAUGAUCAUUGAUCAGGGUACAAUAUUGGACCGUAUCGACUAUAACGUGGAACAGUCAACAAUGAAAGUGAAAUCGGCAUUUAAAAGCAUCCAGAAAGCUGAGAAGUAUCAAAAAGGUGAUAAGAAAAUGCAUUGUAUUGUCUAG